CUUCUCUCACCAGGCGGGCUUCCAUCGUGCGAACCCAUCCCUCGCGAAUGGCGGCAUCCCGGGCUUCCAAUAGCUCUGCUCUCAGUCUUUAGCGCUCCUCAACGGCUAUGCGUGACCAUCUACCCUUGUACUCGGCCACUGAAUGGCCGCUCGAAGAUGUUGACAUGGUGAGCAGGCCGGCUGAUCGAUGAGGUUUGAUAGCUUUGAGCCGCCGCGCAGAGUUCGCCCAAGGUGGCGCGUAGGGCUGCCGUAGACGUACGUACCCACUUGGCUCUCCCUCUCACGGUCUCGUCGAUGUCGCUUGGGCGCUCAGAGUGGCGGGGCCUCUUCGGCAGUCUUCUCCGCCUGCCCGAGAGCUCGGUCUACGCCAGGAUUGACGAUGAUCCGCCAAGCAACGCGAGCGCGCAAGCUCUGAGCUCGCUCGGGCGGACAGCACCCUAUAGGGAUGACCAAACGGGUGCCCCGGCAUCGUCGAACCACGCCCACCUUCAUACUGAAUCUGCGUAUGAAGAUCCAUUUCAAGCCGGCGAGCCUGUCGAACGACUAGACACGUCUACCGUCAGUGAGCGACGACAGCGAGUCUCGACGGAGGACGGCCUCGGGGAUGAUCAUGCCCCGCCCAUCUCCAUGAUGUUCGAGAGAGAUUCGCCAGCGCGAGGACGGCCGGUCACACGAGGCGACAUCACGCCCUCUGCUGCUGCAUCCUCACCAUCAAUUGACCGCGCAGCGGACAGCACGACCCUGCCGGGCGCUAUCGAUCUCGCUUCCUCACCGCGCUCGUCCUCUGCCGGUUCACGAGCAGCCGAUGCAUCACGCUCGCCGGCGCGUACUGCCGCGAAUGAUACCAUGAAGGCCUCCUCUAGCAGUGGAACCAUCUCACCUACGUCUUCGCCUCCGCCGGAGUUCACGCGGGUAGCCGAACCUCCGCGACAGCUCGGCAAUUCCCCCCUGUUGCGUUCGCCAGGCUUACGCCAAGUUAUCGGCUUGGCGUCGCCCGGCAAGAGGCCCACGCCCGUCCAACGCACGAGCAGUACGAAGAAUAGCGAAGGCCGACAUUCUGACAUGCCCAUUCACGGUACGGAGAGCAUCAUACCACAAAAUGCAAAGCAUAGCUAUCCUAUCGUCAUCCAAUCGAUACUCAACCCGGCCGCAGACAUCAGACAGACAGGAGGGAACAGGAUACGAUUGCUGGACGAAGACAUGCAUCAGAAGCCUUCUGGCCGCGAUAAGGGCAAAGGAAGAUCGGGCGAUGCGUCGCAUCUGCCAUUGCAUCGAUUAGAUGCAUACCAUGAUGAAGAGGAAGAUGCGGCAGGGACAGGUCAUCCCACUUUUCUCGGUGCUCCCUUGUCAAGAGCCUUCACAUCGCGACCUUGGUCAGAUUCUGGCAAUGACAGUGCUCAACGGCGCGCCAAAAGUGCGCUGUCGGCAAAAGAGAAGGCGCUGUGGCAAUGGGUGAAUGUCAUCGAUAUAGACGCCAAUUUACAAGAGAUAUAUGCGUACUACAACGGCAAAGGACUACGGGCGAUAGCGCUCUCGCAUUUGCUGAACCUUUUAACGAUCGGCUUUGUCAUCACCUUCACAUCUUUCCUGCUUGGCUGUAUCGACCACACACGCCUGCGAACAAGUCACUCGCUGCAGGAGGUGAUGGUCUCGCAGUGCCUUUCAAAAACUCACGGUUCUAGUUUACUGAUUGUUCUUGGCCUGGCAAGCUUCUACGCAACUCGUAUCUAUCGGUUCACCGCGGCAAUGAAACGGCUCUUAGCUAUGCGCAACUUUUACGAGCAUCUGCUCUGCAUUCCCGAAGCCGACAUCCCCACUGUACCCUGGCCGACCAUCGUCACACGUAUCGCUGCGCUUCGCGCUGACCACCCGGUCGCACUCUCAAGUCGCACGCAAGCCGAAAAUGACAAUGAUGAGCGUGCCGACCGGCUCGACGCGCACGAUGUCGCAAACCGAAUCAUGCGCCUGGAAAACUACCUCGUUGCGCUGUUCAACAGCGACAUAUUGGAUCUCUCGAUCUCACUACCGGCCAGCCUCGGUCAGAGAAAGCUGGGCGGGCAGCUGACAAAAUCGCUGGAAUGGAAUCUGCGCUUCUGUCUGCUAGGCUUCCUCGUUGGUGACGACGGCCUAGUAAGACGCGCAUUCGUCAACGAGCGAAAUCGUCAAGAUCUCUCAGAGGCGCUCAAGCGACGGUUCAUUCUCGUUGCCGUCAUCAAUAGCAUGCUCUGGCCAUUCAUCGUGCUGUAUCUGCUGUUCUAUUCGUUCUUCCGAUACUUCGAGGAAUAUCACAAAAAUCCUUCCUCGAUCGGCUCAAGGUCGUACACCCAGCUAGCCCGCUGGAAAUUCAGAGAAUAUAACGAGCUGCCUCACAACUUUCAGCAGCGUCUUCAUCGGAGCUAUCCGGCUGCUGAGAUGUAUGUCGAGCAAUUUCCAAAGGAACUUACGAGCCAGAUCGCUCGCUUUGUCGCCUUCGUCUCUGGCUCGUUUGCGUCAGUGCUCGUCCUCUUCUCACUACUCGAUCCAGACGCUUUCCUGCAUUUCGAAGUCACACCGGGCCGUACCGUGCUAUUCUACAUCGGCGUCUUUGGCGGGAUUCUCGCAGUUGCGCGCGGCAUGGUUCCUGACGACCAUCAGAUCGUUGAUCCGGAGGAACUGAUGCUGGCCAUCAUCGAGUGUACGCAUUACUGUCCGCCAGAAUGGAAGGACCAGCUCCACUCGGCGGAGGUCCAUCGCGAGUUCAGUCAGCUGUUCCAAAUGCGCGUGACAACCUUUGUACUCGAAAUGAUCUCUGUCGUCACUACACCGUAUGUGCUGUGGCGUAAUCUGCCAAAGACUGCGCCUGCUAUCGUCGACUUCUUCCGAGAAACUACGAUACACGUCGAUGGCUUGGGAUACGUAUGCGCCUCUGCUGUAUUUGAUAGCAAAGGGAAGAGCGCGCCUACGCUGCAACUGCCUAACGGAGGUGAAGAGCACCACCGAUGGCCAUCUGAUCAUGGCAAGAUGGAGAAGUCGCUGAUCUCCUUCAAAUCAACGCAUCCGGACUGGAUGCCACACGAUCAAGCGACUUCGCUAUUCCUUUCGCGAAUGACGGAGGGCUCGACUGCGCCAAUCAGCAGCAAUCUUUAUUCGUCCGGAUUAGCCAGUGCGCCGACCCGCCGUCAGUUCGCAGCGGGACGAUCCAUACUAAGGGGGUCACGCUAUGUCAACGCGCCAGUGUCUGCCAGGAGUGCCGAGUCUGCUCCAUCACACCACUCUUUCAGCGGACCGAUCUCCACAAAGGAGAAAGUACGGGAGGCAAAAGCGCGCUUGUACGACCGCGCUUAUCAGAACAGCGUGCUGAAAGCAGCUAAGAGCAGCAGCCUCCCUUCUAACAAGCUCGGAAGCACGCAGCGUAUUGCACCGCCGGGCGUGUCUUUCGCAAUUGGAGAAUCAAUCGCCGAAGAGCCUAGCAGUCUGGAUGGAUCCUACCUGUCUACAGAUCUGCAAGACGACACGAACUCGCAGUCGCCAUCUGCGGACCCGAAACCGCCUCAAUCGAUGAUUACGCUGCUCAAUCAGAUGUAUGACGAGGGCGCACGUAAAAUCUGAGACUCAUCAAGCACACUGUGUCACUUGUUGUCGUAUGCAUACAGAAAGAAUGUUCUCAGGUCAAC